UUGCUACCAUUGAAGCAUCUUUCGGGUAGAAUAUAUCCACCUCAACCUGGCUAAUAGCUUUCCAAGUCAAGGAUUCACACAACACUUUGCGCUUCAUAAAGUUUGUGUAAAUGGAACUGGAGAAGAAAAAAAAUGGGAGGGGUGGGGGGUUUUUUGGUAUUCUUAUCCAGACAAUUUUUUGCCGUCACGCUCGGGUCUUCAAUGAAAUCCAUCAUGUUGAUUGGCUCUCAUUUGUAAGGCUCUGGUUGGCUCAUUUUAUGGACCGCUUAUAUCAUAUGACGCAACUUGACCCAAAAGCAAAGGGAAGGCGAAGGAGAUGUGUAAGUGAUAGUCGUCGUGAAGAAGUCAAAUACGCUACAGCAGCAGUGAUCGACAUGCUAUGUAUGUUUCACCAUGCCGAUGUACCCUCCGAUACUGUCGCCGCUUAUUUUGGAAAGAAGUGUCAGUACACGCACCCGGCCUCCGCGUCAAAUACAGGUACAUUUCGAAUAUCAACUUGUUCAAUGAGUACGCAAGAAAAAAAGAAGAUGCGACUGAACAACUCGAUUAGAAAUGACAAGGAAGAAAGACAGAAUGCCAACGAUGAUUAAGAACGACGGAUGAGUGCUCGUGUGCGAUCUGGG